GGCCCCCAGACAAAAGAGCGCAAAACAAAAGAAAAGGCCCACAGAGGGAAGGACGCAAAACUCGAGCCAAUACCAAAGAGGAAAGAAGAGGAGAGAGAAAGCGAGCGGCAAUGGUGUCGGACGCGGAGCUCGUGGAGCGGCUCCGGGAGUUCCUUCGGGCCUCCGACCUCUCCACCACCACCACCGCCAUCGUCCGCCGGAAGCUCGAGGAGGACUUCGGCGUCGAUCUCUCCAACAAGAAGGCCUUCAUCAGGGAGCAGGUCGAUCUUUUCCUCCACAGCGAGUUCAACGACAACAAGGAGGUGGACUACGGCUCGGGGGGAGAGGAAGGGGACAGGGACAGAGAGGAAGGCAGCGGGGAGGAGGACGAGGAGGAGGAGGAUGAGCAAGAGGACGACAAGGAGGAAGAAGACGAGGGCAGGAGCAAUGGGGGUGGGAGCAGCAGGAAGAGGCGAUUGAACAAGCUCAAUAAGGAGGUCAAGAAAAGGGGUGGCGGAUUUACCAAGCUGUGCAGUCUUUCUCCAGCACUGCAACAAUUUGUUGGUGAAUCUGAAUUAGCCCGAACUGAGGUUGUGAAGAAACUAUGGGCUUAUAUUCGUCAGAACAGUUUGCAAGACCCAAACAACAGGAAAAAUAUAAUAUGCGAUGACACACUGCAAAACAUUUUUAAUGUCAGCACCAUUGACAUGUUUCAAAUGAACAAAGCGUUAUCAAAGCAUAUUUGGCCUUUAGAUUCUGAAGGUGGCUCAUCGACUACAGUGAGGUCAGAACCUACAGGUGGCUCAUCGACUACAGUGAGGUCAGAACCUAAGGCUAAACCACAUAAAAAGGAAAGAGAAGUAAAGCGGCAAAAAGGAGGUUCCUCUGGUCUUCUUGUACCCCUUCCACUUUCGGAUGAUCUGGUGAAGUUUAUUGGUACUGGUGAAAAUACAUUAUCUCGGUCUGAUGCUGUGAAAAGGAUGUGGGAGUACAUAAAACAAAACAAUCUGCAGCCGAUGACAUCCCACUGCCCAACUGCUGCCGCAAGCCAAAAUGAGAAGUUGGUCCACUCCUAUGUAGGGCCAAAGUUUUGCUUUGGCUAAGGUCUCUGGCUGUGAUGACGUUGGAGCCUCACCAAUAUGGUAUAUAAGAUUGUCUUGGCUCUUAUUACCUUGGCUAAUGCAAAAGUACAAAUUUCAGUACUCUGUGUUGAUUUGAUAUGAAUAUAAUUUUCCAAUCACCUCUUUACUUAAAUAACUGUUUUGAGUAAUUCCAAAAUCAAUGUCUUAGUACUUUUGCUGAUUCUAGAUUUACCCUAUCAGCCAAGAUUUUGGUAUCGUGGUCCUAAAAUAUCACCAGAGAUCUCAGAAAAUCUCGGAUCUUUCCAGAUUUUCUUACUUACCAUCUGGGCUGAGAUAAACUGAGAUCUCAGUUCAUCUUGAUGUCAGUCAUGUGCUAGGAUCUGGAGCUCUCGUUUUUAAGAACUUUGGAUAGGUCUGACAUGUCCCAUGUCAAGUCAACAAGCUAUCUUUGGUUCACUCGUUCCCAUUCAACAUGUCCAAAUUCUUGUCACUGCUUAAAGUAAAAGCUUAGAAUCACUUGUAUAAAUAUUUGUUACCCAACACUUGCACAUGCAAAGCCUGCACAUAAGGUCCUUGCACUUCUCAAGCUGGUACAUGCAGUGCCUCUCAGCUGGGGCUCAGACAUGCAGCACCCUUGCAUGCUUGUAUGUUCAAGCUCCACUGGCCAAACGAAGACAUAAGUAGCCACACUUGCACAUGUGUGAAUGCUUUGUGCAUUCACCUACAUGUGCAUGUAAUCAACAUUUAGAAAUUUUAGAGUUGAUUCACCAAAAACUUGGUCACUAGCCAAUUUUUUGGCAACUAGAGCCAAAUGAAAACAAGUCAAGCCCCUACCAGCUUAAAUUUCUUAGUACCCAAUGCUCCACUUAGGUUGCAUUGUAGCUGGCCCAUGGUCAUUCUCCAUUGUAUGUCAUGGUGGCUCCUAUGUUGUGUUACUGCAAAUUUCAUGCCCUCCAAAAUAGGAGCCUUGUUGACAGGACAAAUGUGUGAACUGCAAUAUGAUCUUAAAGCACCUAUCUUGUCCUUUGCUCACAACUCUCUUAAACAUGCAUGCAGAAGAGGUGCCAAACUAAGGAUGAGUUUUGAACUCAAAGUCAUGCCUCUGGAAGACCAAAGUCUUGCCAAUGCAUCCUCAUGUGCAAAUCUGUCAGGAAGUAAACUAAUUAGUUGAACUCUUUUCUUGAAACAAAGAAGACUAAUAUGAUCCCUAAAUUUCGAUAUGAUCUGUGAGGUUAUCCGAGUAAAUAUUUGGGAUGUGUGAUGGAGAUCAACAGAUAUACUUAUUUUGCAUGGUCACUUCGAUAAGCUUUCAUAUCAAAUUCCAAAGAGGCAUUAAUACCCAUGAAGAGAAACAGGGAGAUAUUUGUAAACAGAGUUAGUAAUCCAAUUCAUACUCAUAGAUACUUCAGUGUAUGCAUGUAGAGACAUUGCACAUGCAACAUUAUGGACUUUGCCUGCAUGAGAUUUGAAUAACAUCUUAAUUUGUUACUUUGGCCAACUUAAUGCAAUAGUUUUCUUGGAAACAAAGGAUGUCUGCAGUGUGUGCUCUAUUAUAAUGAUGACUUGAAAGUAUUAACUGAAGGGUAUUUAGUUGGAUUGUUAUGUUGAUAUACGGGAGGGAAUCAUGUUUUGCUUAUAGAAAUUUAUUUCAACGGAAGUGAACCUGGAGUUAGAUGGCUCAAACUAAUGUGUAUAAUGGGAAUGUCUGUUUAGAAAUGAGUGGUUGGCGGCUAGGAACAAGAAAAAUACGCGUCAUGUAUCAACAGUAGUAGAUUUUCUUCUAUUUUUCUUGUAAUUUGGGUGUCUUUUUUUUUAAAAAAAAAUUCCAUUGCUGUCGCUUUGUGAAAAAUGUGAAAAAUGAAUCACUGUUGAUGUUUGGUUUUUGUUAUUGAUGCUCUUUGUGAUUCUUGUCUCUAUGAUUCUUUUUUAAUGGGGAUGGCGUGCUCUGCAAUGUGAUAUAGGUGGAGCCAAUUUAGAAUAGAUAUAGAAGGCACCAUUAUGCAGUGACCAUGAACAGACUGAAGUGUCCUUGUUAUUGGUAAGACAUUCUGGUGGAAUAACCUCCAAGAUUGAUCUUAGGGGAGACCCUUAGUGAAACACUAAUACCUGCAGCUGAUAGGGUUUGUCUGGUGAUUGGAAAAGCCUCGGAUACCACAAGCAUUGACUUAUUGCAGAAUUUUGGCUGUUAAUCAGGACUUUGAAAAUAACUGCAGAGAACCUGAUGGAUCAUCAUGAACAUGCAAGGCUAAGAAGCCACGGUGACUGCAACUCUGCAAAUCACUUGCAUGAUUACCAUGUUUCCAGUGACCAGCAGAAAGGGCUAGUCUCUCGGCCAUCUGUUGGGACUGCAAGUUUGUUAUCAGUCGUUUUUGGUAACUAGAAAAUGUUUUCAUGGUGAUUUUUCCAUAACUAUGAGAGAGAGAGAGAACCAAAAGCACCCUGUGAACCAUUCUGACUUGACUUUGAUUUGGUAUGGGCCAAACCACCCGGUUCAGGUCAACCCAUGAUUGGAACCAAAAUGAACCUGUUUCCGUUCUGGUUGGAUUGAAUCUGGUUUAAUGCUUAUCUUAUCUAUUCAUCAGGUUCUUGUCUCAAAGCGCAAUCCAACACAUAUAAUAAUUAGCAUGUAUAGUUGAUUACCUGAUUAUAUUAGAAAGAUAUUAUGCAAUAAAAUAAUAAUAAGCAAUAUGUAGCCACUAUUAGCAAUCUAUUCUACAUCAGAUCUGGUUGAUAACUGCAUAAAGUAUAAUCAACAACACGAAUGACCAUCUAUGUUAAUCUUAUUACUAAUCUUAUCAGUUUUGGAUUGGUUCAGGUUUGGAUUCGGAACCUAGUGAUCCAAAUCCAAACUUCAUUCAAAAUAUAAUUUUCAGUCCAAGCCUCAUCCAAGUAGCUUAGGUUUGGAUGAAACUUGAUUAAUUUCAUAGCAUUCCAGAUCAGAAGCAGGUCAAUCCAAUCCCCAUGCUACCGAAAACACUGGCUUUUCAUUAAAACUGCAUCUUUAACUUAAGCACUGACUUCUCUUAAAUAAUAUUUGCAUCAUUAAGUAACCUAGAAAAUGUAUUAGUAGAUUUAAAUGCUGAAGAACUUAUGUGUCUAUUGAUGAAAAUCUUUAUAAUUUGGCAACCAUGCCACCUGUUUGUGUUCUCUGCUGGUUUGGGUUUCCCAUGUACUUGCUCAAGUGGAAAAUAUCGGCAUUUUGAGUGACAAGCUAAUAGUUUUGAAGUUGCCUCAUAUAUACCAGUGACUAAUAUACACCUGUUAAUCUUACUAAAGCUAUUAUGAUUGAUUAGCUUUUUAUACAGAAUCUUCUUUAGCUUUCUAAAUAAGGAAUUUGUUCUGAAGUGAAUAAAUAAAAACUAAUAAAGGAAAACAUCUAUACAUGAAUGCGAUGGUGUCAAUCCACAUCUUAGACGAGUUUUUUCAUCAACAGGAAAAAUAUUCAACCUAAAAUUCAUAUAUUUUCAGUGCAUCUAAUGUUUGCAUGGAACAUCUUGUCAACUGUGUGCACUAUUUGCUAGCAUUCCAUGUCUGCUCAUGUAGUUCAUGCGGCUACUUUUUUUGUUGCUUGCAAAUUGUGGUCUUUGUUGUACUUCUUGAUAGUCCAGGUAAAUCCUCGACUCAAUGCUUUUUCUUUUUUCUUAAUUAAAAUUUUCCAUCAUC